GAGAAAGAGAGAGUGUGCGUGUGAGUGACUCCAGGUGGGUUCUUACAGAGAUAGGAGGACCAACAGCCGCAUGCGUCAGUCCACCUUAAAUUGUCCCCGGGUGGCACCACGUGACCGUGUUCCUGGAAAGUUCCUGGAAAUGCUGCCUUUGUGUUUAUGGUGAUAUCGGUUCUUAGGCAGCUGCUGGACUCGGUUGUGUCCAGCUUUCUGACGGACGUUCGGCGGCUGGAUUGGGACCCCCAUCGGUGCCUUGCGGCCUCUCCAGUAGCUGCCGGUGCGCGGUUGGUCCCCGGGUGGGACUGGGUGUCAGAGAGGCGGCAGGGACCUCCGUGUGUCUGCGCUGUAACCCGCCAUUUGAAACUCGGGAAAGACAAGAAAAUAACGAAGAAGCAGCUCCAGCAGCGGAGCUUUUCCCGGGAUUUGUACUAGAAGUGUUCAUGUGGACAUGUCGGGCUCCCCGGGGAGGACACACCGGCGGCAGUGCUGUUGAGCCCGCCGUGGCUUUUAGCUAGAUAGCAGCUAGCAGGACGUAAAGCAGUCAGGACUUUGACACCGUGGUGUGAGCAGUCGUGCCCUGCAGACCUUGUACAUGUCUCAGUUGUGGGCCUGAAGGUUGGACUUGUCCAAUGACCUGCCAGUCCUCCGAGUCCACGGAAACCAUCGAGGGUGACAGACGAGCCGACAACAACACCGGAGCUGUGGAAUCUGACGAGAGCCGCGUUGCCGCUGCCAUGAAGGAGCUCAGAAACACGGGUUGGUACUGGGGCAGUCUGACGGCUAAUGAAGCCAAAGAGAUCCUGCAGGACACCGCCGAGGGCACCUUCCUGCUGCGGGACAGCUCUCAGAGGGAUUACCUGUUCACCAUCUCCGCCAUGACAUCAGCAGGUCCAACCAACCUGCGUAUAGUUUUCAACCACGGCAAGUUCAAGCUGGACUCGGUGGUCCUGGUGAAGCCCAAGCUGAAGCAGUUUGACAGCGUGGUCCACCUGGUCGAGUACUACGUCCAGCUGUCCAGGAGCAGAGACAAGGCGGCGGCAUCAAACUCUCAGGUUUCUCCAGUACCGCCUAAUGGCACGGUGCAGCUGCUACUUACCAAACCUGUGUACACCUCCACGCCGUCCCUGCAGCACCUCUGUCGCAUCGCCAUCAACCAAAGGACACGGCAGGUUCAGGAUUUGCCACUGCCCAACAGACUAAAGGACUACCUGACGGAUUACGCCUACAAUGUGUAAGGACUGAUGUCAUCUUACCGCUGACCAAUCUCAUUGUGUGCUGCUCUACAGGGUCACGCAAUAAGCUGCAUUGUCGAUGCGCUCUGUGAGUCUGCGGCCAAUGACGGCAGAGUCAGAGGGGAAAGGUCUGAUGGAAACGCAUGACCCCUCCUGACCACAGCUACCUCUCUGCUCUGUGAUGACUUGACACCUCGUUGUCCCCCCACCUCUAUCAGAUCAUCACUUUUAAAAACUUUUCACCUGAAUCCGUAUGCUGAUUUUAAAGUGGACCAGAUAAAUCUGAAGUAAGCCCCCCUCAUGGCAUCUUAAGGUGUUAAUGUUUACGGUGGUUCAAGAGUCACUGAUGUUACCACGGUUCUAUGAAACGUCAUACCACAACACAAAUACUAUUGUUUUUUUUUUCUUUUUUUUUUCUUUUU